AGGCCAGUACUUAUUUCUUCGCGACUCCCGGUCUAAUUGAGAGAGGGAAGAUGGCGUCGGAAGUUCCAAGAAUGGAGCAGGAAGUCGAAGAUGGAGAGAUUUCGAGCUCGGACUGCGAAAUGCCGGUCUCGGCUCCUUCCAGGAGUCCCCAACAGAAUGAAAACGAUAAUCCAGCAAUAUCUUUUCCAAGCAGCAGUUCACUAUCAGCAACAAGUGUUCCUUAUCGGACAGUGAAAAGUAUGGAUUCAACCGAUGAAAGUUUUUCGGAUUCUGAUGAAGAGAGUGGCCUUUGGAAGCGAAAGCGACAAAAAUGUUCAAACCUUCCUCCCCCCAAACCAGAGCUUUUCCAGUUUUCUCCAAACUCUCACAAACAGAUCCCUAAAAAAGUCAACAAUAUAUGGGGUGAAGUUUUGCAAAGACAGAAUCAAGAUGAUAUGGCAAAAAACCUUGGGAUUCUAUGGAUGGAUGGCAACCUGGACAAAAGUCGAGGAUCAGAGACCUACAACUACAUGUUAGCAAAACAGUUGAUAAAACAAUCUGAAUCAGAAGUAGUGAAGACAUUAGACAAAGAGUUGGAUGAAUAUAUGCAGGAUGAUAAAAAGACUGUAUCAAAAGAAGAGGAGGAAGAGGUGAAUAGACAAGGUAUCUGGAAACGGAAAAGGCCCAUAAAGGAGAGACUGGGUCAAAGACAAGAAAUGAUUUAUAAAGGGAGGUAUGAAAUUACAGAAGAUGAUCCUGAAGAAAAAGUGGCAGAUGAAAUUGCCUAUCGGCUUCAUGAACCAAAGAAAGAUCUAAUUGUACGGGUAGUGAAAAUCAUUGGGAAAAAGAAAUCUAUUGAACUACUGAUGAAAACAGCUGAGGUGGAACAAAAUGGAGGUCUUUUAAUAAUGGAUGGUUCUAGAAGAAGAACUCCAGGUGGAGUUUAUAUAAACCUGUUGAAAAACACACCUUGCAUAACCAGUGAACAAAUCAAGGAAAUCUUCUAUAUUGAAAAUCAAAAGGAGUAUGAGAACAAAUGUGCUGCGAAGAAGAGGAGAUUUCAAGUGCUGGGCAAAAAGAUGAAGCAAGCUAUUAAAGGACUUAAUCUUCAGGAAUACGACGAUGCCUCCCGAGAGACUUUUGCCAGUGACACAAAUGAAGCCCUGGCUUCUCUGGAUGACUUGCAAGAAGGACAUGGGGAAAUAGAACAUGUUUAUGAAGCAGAUGAAGGUGUUAGUAACUUUUGGGUACUAAACACUUGAGGAAUCAAAAUCUUUGUGAUGUAUACAUUAAUGGUCAAUUUUAUAUUAUAUCUUUUCAUUAGUUGCAAUAGUGCCUAUUAAUGUGAAUCAGUCACAUGCUGGAAAGGACCAUUUUAUUUCUUACAAUUGAUGCUUAAGUUUUCAGUUUGCUUCAGAUCAUGAAUGCUCUACAUCUUUAUUUAGUUCAUAAUUUGUUAACAGACACUUAACACCUAAUGCACAUUCUUUCAUCUCACGGUUAGUUUUAACAUUAGGGGAAAAAAAACAUGAAUGCUCUCAUUCCAAAAAUAAAACCUGUGUAUGGAACUGAAUAUAACUGCAUGGAAACACUAUUUCAUUUCACUAAUAGUAAUAGAAACAAAUAUCAUUCUGACACAUACUCUGUACGGAAGCCUUUUAUCUGAUCGUUAUUUUCAUGAUGAAUUUUGGAACAGGUUUUGCCUAUGAGCCAGAUUGGUAUUCAGUUUGCUUGCAAGAUUUUAUAGAUGGAACAGUAAGGAAUAUAAUGCAGCCAUUUCAAAUGUUUUUUAUUUGAAUGCCUUUUGCAGUUGAAAAGGUUACUUCUAAAGAAGACAUGGUAUUGUCCAGUUUGUCUCCUGUUUUAAUGAUAGAACCUGAGGUUUUGUUCUGUAAUACAGAGUGAUAAAUACUACACAUUGCACGCAUAGAGAAUUUCAAUUUCAGCUUACAUUAACCAUUUUCUGAGAAAAUAAUAUAAACUUAAAAUAAUUAAACUUUUCUCUUUUACAGUUUGUUCAGUUUUCAGUUUCUUAUACCUGAGUUUUGAGCUAACAAUCCUCCAUCAAAUUAGCUGUAUUAAAAGUAGACCAUUUAAAUCAGUAAAUCUUAAGUUAGUUGUGGCUUAGACUUAAUAGAUAUCAGAAAACUGAAGAAUAACUCAGUUUGAAUUUAGCCAGCAUAAAUGGGUACAGAACUUGUCUCAGUUUCACAUUUUGUUUUGAAAUUAAUAAUUCUGAAGAUGGGAGUUGGCUAUAAGAUUUAAUCUCCAUUGUUAUCCCGGUUAAUUACAAUGAUCUUAAAAGAACAAAAAAAUGAAGAAAUCAAUCAGUAAUUUGUAUGAAUCAUAGCAGUAGACUUAUGUAUCAUAAGUCUAAGGUUUCACAAGAUUAGAGUGGAAAUUGCAAAUCUGGUUUAAUUUUCAUUUAUAAUAUGUAAAAUAAAUAAAAUUAUUCACUUUUAUUUAUUCAAUUUGCUUUUUGGGGGGAUUUUUUGGAUGGAUUUUUUUAGGAUUUCCAGUUGGCCUUUAAAAAAAUGAAAGAGGUAGGAUAGUAAAAUGAAUUCUGUGUUGCUUAGGUUAUUCUGUCAAUAUAUCAAACUUCAGCACUGGUAGUUAAAUCCUUGAAGAGCAACAGCUUCUUUCAGUUAUGUACAUUUGUGUGUAUUAAAUUUUUAGUUCAAACUUA